AUGGCUACAGAAUUUAAGACUAUCCCUCUAAUAGACAUAAGUCCGCUUCUACAGAAGUGGGAUGAAGUAAAUGAAUCGCAAAAUGAAAGUAUAGCUGGAGUGGUGAAAGAACUAGAUGAGGCAUGCAAAAAUGAAGGCUUUUUUUACGUGACGGGGCAUGGUAUCCCGCUUCCCUUCAUGGAAGAGAUAAGGAGAAUUACACGUAAAUACUUUGAUCAACCUUAUGAAGAUAAACUGAAUAUUAAACUUUCUGCCUCAACUGGCUACAGAGGUUACCAAGCAAUCUAUGAGAACAUAACUACAGGCGUCCCUGAUAUGCAAGAAGCGAUCGAUUGA